GAUUCGCGGCGGUAGUUUGCGCUCGCGGCUCCGCAGAGAAAGCCACCGCCAGUUAUAGCGCGCUUGGAUCGCUUUCCGAUCGAGCGAGCAUAUAGCUGCGCAUUUUUCUCGCGUGUUCGACAUCGCGCGCGCCGACGCGAGCGGCGAGCGCCCAGUGCCGUCGAAAGCGAGACGUUCGACAGAGCAGCAGGUGGCGACGAGCGAGCGACGCCGGCAGUGCGCCGGGGCCACGGCCCAGCGAUGGACGACUCGAUGUCGAUGACGCUGGACGGGAUCGCGGUGGCGGGCCCGUGGACGGGGCGCCGACUGCGCCGCGACAGCAGCGAGCUGGCCAUCGCCGCGCUGAGGCGGCAGCUGCGCAAGUUCUUCGACGAGGCCGACGGGCACGGCUCGCUGCACCGCAAGCCGCCGGCCGCCCUGCAGACGCCCCAGUACUUCCAGGGCCUCGGCGUCGUCUCCUGCUACCCGGUGCCCAAGCUCCACUGGAUGGCCUUCGUCAACGCCUCCAACUACAAGAAGCAGUUCUCCGCCGCCGACAACCUCGUGCGCGUGCCGAGGCCACAGGCCGUACUCGCCGCCAAACCCGCCGCCAAACCCGCCGCCAAACCCGCCGCCGACUGACCACCACUCGCCUCCGCAGGCCUGCCUCUUCGCCACUCCGGCUUAUUUUUAUUUUUUCCUUGCGCCCUGUUGGCCUCGUUCGUGCCAAUCUUUGUUUUGCAUUGUUACUCCAACCACUUACGACGAUUAACAAGACGUUCACGUUCGUUCGAACAUCGCUUCGAUACAAGUUCGCCUGGACUGCUGGCAGUCUAACAUUGACUCGUCUGAGUGACCAAGUAUUUUAGCAAAGGACAUUUUAAGGGAUGUCUUGAUUCGAAUGAUUAACGAGAGCUUUCGAUUAAUCUCAGUUUAUAAUUGUGUUUUUUUUUCAUUUCCAAAGUAUUAUUACGUUAGACUACUAGUAAUAAACGAAGCGCUAAUGUGUAUUAAUUGAUGUAAUUAUCAAAAUAUAUCAACUUCAUUGAAAAUUCAAGUCAACUUUUUAAAUGUUGUCGCUACUUGAAAAUAUUGCAGGACUAUUUACGACAAGACGACGACUGCAGUCUAUGUCGCCUUAGAUUGAUUUUUCCACGUAAUUUGAUAACAUUUCAAAUAUUUGAUAGAACACAAUACAGAUGAUACCCAUUAUGGUCACAGAUGAUCAGUUUUGCCAAACCCAACAAGUACUGCAGCACGUCUCUAGUAACCGUCACCCUGAUAUAAGAAGAGGCGAUAAAAUGUAAUAAAUAAGUCAGAAAUUAAACUGCUCGUCUGCGGCGCGUCAAAUACUCCACGUCCUCGUUAUGUUUAUUACAAGAAUUUUUAAAAACUUAUCUUUUGCAACUAUGAUUUUGUUUUCAUUCUAUUGUACUAUUCAGAUUAAGUAAACAUCUAAUACACAUUUCAAGUUUUAUUUAAAAUAAUAUACAUCUGUACUUAUUUCAAGAAAUUUUAUAUCAAAACAAUUUUGCAAAUACCUAAAUUCACCUAAUGAGAUAAUAAUGACAAAAUGCAGUUCAAAUAGAAACAACAUAAAAUUGUUCUUGCAUAUUUAAUAUUUAAUAUUUCAAUAAUCACAAAUUGUAAAUAGUCAACUUUUUGAUUCAAUAAAUUCAG